AUCGUCGACUCAGAAAUGCCUUAGACAAACCCAUUUCCCCUCAAAAUAAACCGAAAUUCAACUACCUACUGAAACUACUACGGUUGCUACAGUCGAUUACUUCAUUAGCACAAAAUGACUGGUUCCUGCCAACUUGUAACAAAAAUAUCGGAUAUCGAAUUAAUAUUUUAUGGGGGUGGAUAUGUAAACUUCUUUACUAAACCUGUGGAUAAUUUGCUUCGAGGUUUCUAUGAUGCGUUUUUCCUAUUCAGACACCAACUAAUGAAAAACGACUACGAUAAUAAUCUGUCCUUGGCAACAGGAGGUUUCGAUCAUACUAUCCGAAUGUGGCAACCGAGCACUGGAAAAUAUAUCCAAGGUUUUCAGCACAAUGAAUCACAGGUAAACGCUCUUGAAUUUUCCCGCGACGGACAGUACCUAGCAGCUGGUGGUUAUGGUCGAGUUCGUAUUUAUGAUGUUCAGGGCCCCGCAACACCCUUCGUUAUGGUUUCAGAUUUCACGAAAAAUGUAAACACAGUUGGCUUUAAUGAUACAGGGAACUGGAUGUUUGCAGGAGCUGAAGAUCGUGUAGCAAAGAUUAUAGAUUGGCGAGCUGGUGGAAAUCUGUGGAUAACACGUAUUUACCAGACGUCCUCGAGCAUUAAUACAAUGUUGCUUCAUCGCAAUCAACAUGAAAUUCUCAUCGGAACAAAAGUAACUUCAUUAGCUGCGGUUAACUCUGCUGGUCAACUUAUUGUUUGGUCUUUAACAGGUGAUUCUGCUUGGAAACCUAUCGAAAAACAUCGGCAGAAAGUACACCCAACUUAUGUUCUGAAAGUGCAAUUUUCGCCAGAUAGUACAUUGAUAGCUACUGGGGGAGGUGAUGGGAAAUUUAAUCUUUUAAAGACUGCUGAUUUUAGUUUAGUUACAACGCGACAGGGUAGUCCAUCAGGUCAUCACUGGGUUUGGGAUUGCGCGUUUUCGGCAGACUCUCGCUUUUUGCUCACUGCGACUUCCGAUGGAGUUGCUCGCUUAUGGAAUUUGGAGACAGGUGAAGUGCCCGUUGAAUACAAAGGACAUCAGAGAGCGAUAACUUGUAUGGCCUUCCGUGAUCAUUCUUUGAAGUCUAUGUAGUCUUUAACUCAAUGAAAACUAGAUGUAUAGUAUGAAAACAAUUGCUUGAUCUUAUGCAUUUUUACUUUUUUAAAAGCUGUUAUAGACGUGAACUUCUGAGCUAUUUGUAAGUGUCAAUUUAUUUCCUUAGCAUGGUACAGCAGAUGUUAAUGCUUGCAAAGUGCCGCUGUUUAUAAUACAUCAAAUUUCCAAAUUAGAGU